CGUCAUCAGGACGCCCCAGACGACGUAAACUGACCUUCUCGCGGCCUCGUUGCUCUCGUCCCUGAAAUAAACGGGGGAGGACGUUGGAUGGUUAUUCUCAGCGGUGUUUGAUUUUAGUUGCUUGUUUUAGAAAACAAGCAGUUAGCUAUGCCGACAACGCUGGAAAUUCCGACGUUGCAUGAGCUGAAGGUGGAUGAGAUAAAAGUGUCGUCUGCAGUUCUAAAGGCUGCUGCCCACCAUUAUGGCUCCCAGUGUGACAAACCCAACAAGGAGUUUAUGCUCUGUCGCUGGGAAGAGAAGGAUCCAAGGAAGUGUCUAGAAGAAGGGAGGAAGGUCAAUGAAUGCGCUCUAAACUUUUUCAGACAAAUCAAGGGAAACUGUGCCGAGUCCUUCACAGAGUACUGGACCUGCUUGGAUUACACCAACUUGGCAGAACUACGCCACUGCCGCAAAGAGCAGCAAGCUUUUGAUAGCUGUGUCCUUGAUAAGCUGGGUUGGGAGAGACCUCAACUGGGAGAUCUAUCUAAGGUAACCAAAGUGUCAACCUCGCGGCCUCUCCCAGAGAACCCCUACCACUCUAGACCUCGUCCUGAGCCCAACCCGGCCACCGAAGGCAAACUGGAGCCUUCCAAAUAUGGUAGCAGGUUAUUCUUCUGGAACUGGUGAAACAGCUUCAGAAGGAGAAAAAAAAAAUCAGUCACCAUCCAAAGUCAUGGGUUCUGUCCAAAAAGAGCAAGACUAUUUGAGCAUCCAUAUGAUGAUGAUGAUGAUGAUGAUGAUGAUAUCAGGUGGUUGAAAUCUCUAAGGUGUGAGCACAAGCGUUUAUGAUGCUACUCUUUGCAACCUUUUCUGUGGAUGUGCUUGGAUUUGGACAGGAUUCAUGUCUAUACAGUCUUUUUAAAAGCUGUGCCCCACCAGCUUUGUCAAACAGUUUGAUGUAGGAAAGAAAAAUGGAUGAUUGGGACAACAAAAUAAAUCAGUUUCUGCAGCUUUCCUAAACAUUUCUGUAAAUGUAAUGAUUAUACAAAAACAGCAAGUCGUCAGAUAAUAAAGAUUUAAAUUAUAA